AUGUCAGCUUCAUCUACAACAAUCAUUCUUCUUGUUGUCUCCCUUUUUGUAUUUUCUAAUGCUUGUGGAGAUUCUUCAUCCAAGUGAGUCUAACAGAAACUUUUGAAAAUGAGAGAUAACAUAAAAUUUUCAGAUGUUCAUCAUGGGUGAAAAAUGGUUUCUGUAAGAAUGCAUAUUACACAUAUGAUCAAAAGAAAGCAUAUUGUGGAACAUCUUGUGGAUAUUGUCCAGGAUCAGCAGCAGCAACAACCGCUUCCUCAUCUUCAGGUUCAUCGUCAACUUGCACCGAUUCAGCAUCAGCUUGUGCUUCAUGGAAAAAUAAUGGAUUCUGUACCAAUUCUUUCUACACUGAUGCUGUCAGAAUUCAAUAUUGUCAGAAAUCAUGUAAUCUUUGUACUGCUACCGCCACUACUGCUGCAUCUGCAACUACUGCGGCAUCAGAAGAUACAACAACUGUAUAA